ACUGCCCGGGCGAACUACCGGUGUAGAAAUAUUUAAAGCACUGGACGAUUUUUUCACGGAGCACAAUAUCUCGUGGCAGAGGUGCGUUGCAUUAUGCAGCGAUGGGGCCCGAGCCAUGAGUGGCAGCAAGACUGGACUGUUUGCGCAUGUAAGGAGGGUGGCUCCGGGGGUAAUUUGGACACACUGCCUGAUUCAUAGAGAGGCUCUCGCCUCCAAAGAUCUCAGUGUUGAGCUCAGUGGUGUGUUUGAUGUCGUUGUCAAGACGGUCAACUUCAUAAAACGAAACGCAUUGAAUACACGCCUGUUUUCAUCCCUAUGCCAUGACUUGGGAAGUGAACACAGCUCUCUCCUUUAUCAUUCAGAGGUGCGUUGGCUGUCUCGCGGCGCUGUGCUCGCCCGUGUGUUUGAACUACGCGGAGCUAUCUACGAGUUCUUGUGCGAGAAGCAUUCUGAUCUGGCUUCCAAUUUCAACGAUAGUUACUGGUUAACUAAGCUGGCGUACCUCACAGAUGUUUUUGCAGAGCUGAACAAGUUGAACAGCUCCAUGCAAGGGAGAGAUGCAAACGUCAUGCAGCUCUACGAGAAGCUCGACGCAUUUGUGAAAAAAAUGUCAAAGUGGAUCGAACGAGUGGAGAGCAAUAACUUGGCGAUGUUUCCUUCAGUUGAGGAAUACCCUGACAGCACUGACAUCAACGACACUAUAUGUGAGCAUUUGAGGAAGCUUGUGCGUCAAUUCGCAAAGUACUUCACUGAUUCGGAAGAGUGGCGCCGUGACAGCAAGUGGAUCCUGCUCCCAUUCAGUGACGAUGCAUCAGUAGGGUCAAGUCUGACGGCUGUGGAAGAGGAUAAGCUGAUUGAGAUGUCCACAGACUCUGUCAGGAGGCAUAUGUACGACACACAGCCCCUUGUUAAAUUCUGGAUAAGUUGCCAGACAGAAUUUCCACAGCUUGCUGCAAAAGCAAUGAGGUGUCUUUUGCCCUUUCCAACCACAUACCUGUGUGAGAGUGGUUUUUCUACACUGGCGUACUUAAAGAAUAAGUACAGGGCUAGGCUUGAUCCAGAGAAUGACAUGAGACUGUCUCUGUCUACCAUUUCGCCACGAAUAGACAGGCUGUGUGGACUUCACCACGCCCAGAUAUCACACUGACAGCAGGUGAUUGGUGACAGGUCUGUCCUGGCUGGGUUAUAAAAGCCCUGACCAGCCAGCAGUUGAGGCUGCCUUGGUCUUCAUUUGUUGGAUUUUGGUUCUCCGGUGUUGUUGGAUUUUUGUUCUCCGUUGUUGUUUUGUCACACACCUAGACUGACUUUGCAUGACAUUUUUAGUUACUUUUCCCAAUACUGAAUUGCACAACACUUUAUUAUUCUUUAUUCUUUCUUUAAAAUAAUCUUUAAUUUAAUUUAAUUUAAUUUAAUAAAUCUACUUUUAUUAUUAUAAAAUCUGCGUGGCCUCUCUUUCAUGUUUCAUGCAUUGAGCUAUGCAUGUAACACCAAAUACACACGCGCACGCGCAGGCACAUCAGUGGGCCGCGGAUUGCUUUCUAGUCCGAAUGGUGGUCCCUGGGACAAAACCAGUUGAAAACCCCUGCAGUAAAUCAUCUGGGGAGACAAGAAUCGGAGUCAGCUGUUUUUAAUUUAGACUUUUCACUGAUACUCAUG